AUGAUACUCCAUUUUCUCGCCGCCACCACCACCACACCCUUAUCCCCGGCUAGCGUGUCGACAAGUCCGGCUGGCUCGAUUCCCGGCGUCUCCUCAGCCUCCUUGCCGUUUUUUUUUGUUUUUUUUAGGUCCCCGCCCGCUGGAAAUGCGGGUGUUCCAUUGGAAACCAUAGAACGCAUGGAAUCGGCAGCAGUUGCUUGCAGAAUCACGGUGAGGGAAAGAUGGAUAAAAGACAAUUCGGGGGCUUUGUGCAAGUGGCGCUUGUUGGAUGUCCCCGGCCCUUCCCGACCAGUAACCGACUUGGAAUAA